AUGGAUUUUGAAGCAGCCUACAUCGUUGAUUCAGUGGGGGAAACGCCGACUACAUUCAAGUCGGCGAUGGAAUCAAGCGACUCCGGCAAGUGGAAAGAAGCGUGUGACUCGGAGUUCGAUUCGCUUCAGAGAAACGACACGUGGGAAAUCGUGCCUCUUCCGAAAGGUCGCAAGGCCAUCGGGUGCCGAUGGGUUUUUCGUGUAAAGGAGAAUCAAGAUGGCGAAGUUGAACGUUUCAAGGCAAGACUUGUGGCCAAAGGAUUCUCACAGAAAUUCGGAGUUGACUAUGAAGAAACUUUCGCACCGGUGGCCAAGUUCACAUCGAUUCGUGUGGUGCUCAGUAUGGCGGCUAAGUACGGCCUAAUGCUACAUCAGAUGGACGUCAAGACAGCGUUUCUUAACGGCUCCCUCAACGAAGACAUCUACAUGGACCAGCCGGACGGAUACCUGGAUACAACACAGCCGGACUAUGUGUGCAAGCUAAAGAGAUCACUCUACGGCUUGAAGCAAUCGCCUCGCAUGUGGAACCAAACAAUCGAUGGGUUCAUGAUCAAGAUGGGAUUCAAGAAGUGCGAAUCGGACCACUGCAUCUACAUCAAGCGAGACGACCAAGACAUGAUUCUCGUGGUGCUCUACGUCGAUGAUCUCAUCCUGGCCAGCAGCAACAACGAACUCCUCAAGUCAACCAAGAUAGCGCUGAGCAAACGCUUCGAAAUGACGGAUCUCGGUGAGCUCGAUUACUUUCUCGGCAUGGAGAUCAAGAACGACCGUAAGACGGGAAUGGUGACUGUACAACAAACCAAGUUUCUCAAGUCCGUGUUAACCAAGUUCGGAAUGGAUAACAGCAAGCCAGUGAAGACGCCUCAAGAUCCCGGCCUGAAGCUAACCAAGAACAUGUGUGAACAAGAAUGCAAGCACGAAGACACCAUGUGCAACGUGCCAUAUCGAAGUGCUGUCGGAGGCAUCAUGUAUCUCAUGGUCGCCACACGUCCGGAUCUAGCUGCUGCAGUGGGAUCAUUAUCCCGGUUCUCGUCCGACCCAUGCCCGACUCACUGGCAAGCUUUGAAGCGUGUGCUGAGAUACCUGCAAGCAACGCCCAAUCAUGGUCUUGAGUUUACACGUGAAGAAGGAAGCCGUAUCUGCGGGUACACCGACGCAGACUGGGCCGGCGACAUUGAGUCAAGACGAAGUACAAGCGGCUAUGUGUUCAUGAUGAGCGGAGGAUGCAUCAGCUGGAAAAGCCAGAAACAACGGACGGUCGCGCUAUCUUCAACAGAAGCAGAAUACAUGGCGCUUUCCGAAGCAACCAAAGAAGCAGUAUGGCUCAAAGUGCUUUUGGGGGAACUUGGUGAGAUGACAAGCGACGAAGCUAUCAAGAUAUAUGAAGACAACCAAGGAUCAAUCGCUCUCGCCAAGAACCCGGAGUUCCAUAAGAGAACAAAACACAUCGACAUACGCUACCAUUUUGUGCGUGAGAAGGUGGAAUCAGGUGAAGUCGUUUUGGAGUAUUGCCCGACUCAAGAUAUGCUGGCAGACAUGAUGACCAAGCCGAUCGCCGCUGUACAAUUUGAAAACAUUCGCGAUCGACUUGGGAUCCAAGGUGCCGCAGCUAACGAGUCGAGAGGGAGUGUUGAAAAGACAGCGGCUGUGAAGAAGACACCUCGUCAAGCUGCGUCAAGUGUUGAAGCAAGUGGAAGACCAAGCUUCGCUAUACCGGUGGGUACCGGUAUGUACCAGUAA